CUGAAAUUGCCGAAUUGUUUUAGUCUCGGAUUGGACCAAAUUACUUCGAUAUGCCGCCAGCGGAUGACCACCUGCGCGGCCUCCUUGAGCUGCUUGCUCCGGACAGUCUCUCUGUGAACGGCAACGAGCUCGACCAUGCGAGCCAGGACGAGCGGGAGGCGGCGGCGCAUGCCGCUACCCAGACCAAGCCAGGGGACAUAAUCCUCGUCACGACGGGAGGAUUCGUCUACUCCACGGGGCGUUACUUGACCCAGCAACCUUGGGACCACGCCUUGCUGGUCGUGGAUGCCACCAAAGCUCUUCACGUUGGGUUUCCUCGCAUCUGCUACGUCUCGUUGGAGCGUGUGCUUCUUCCGAAGCGCCAACCCGCCAUCUACCGCGUGCCCAGCAUCCACGCCUCGCCCAAUGCGCAAACGCUACUCCAAAAAUACGCUCAACUCAUGCAAGAUACCCCGUACGAUCUAGCGCGAGCGAUAUUGUUAGGUCGCCAUCUUAUGCUCGAACAUUUGUUUAACAUCCAGCCCACGACACGGACAGCCGCGCCUCCGCGUAGAGCAUGGGUAUGCACUGACGCGAUCUUGUCGCUUUUAGCCGUGUGUUCGCCAACUUUUCAUCGCCAACUCAAGGCCAACACCCCUCGACUACACUUGUCCAAGCUGGGAAUUGCAUCGCUCAAGGAUUUCCAAACCCUGCACCACCACAGUGUUCUCGAUCGGGUGCCGUUGCCCCCAUACAAUUUCAACGUGCAGCCCACCCCUGCCUUCGACACGGCGUACUUUAUGACGAAUGUCCUCGCCUUUCCCAAUCCUGUCGUGCUGUGGGACCGCUUUCACAGCGUCGUGGAGCGUUGGGCGGCACAUGCUGUAUGUAUUUUAUUGAGGAAAUUUCCCAUGGGAAGAGUCCCCUGGAGCUGUGAAUUGGGAUUAUAGGCGUACCAACACCCCCAAGCGUUGCAAAAGCAAAUACAGGCGCUUGUGUAUACCGUGUUGUUCCUCUUGGUCUUGAAAAAGCAUUCAGUCGUCCUCUGCCUUCUUCACCGCACUCUGCAACUGUAUUUGGUCAAGCAAGUCGCGUUGACGCUGAUGCCGCCGUCCAAGCUGUAAAGUCUAAUAAAAUAAUACUCCCACA